AUGCUGAGAUAUCUCAACAAGAGCUUUAAAAUCAUCCGUAGUUCCAAACCACGUGAUACGUGGGAAAGUAUGGGCACAACGGAUGCAUUUUGGCCCGAACGCAUCAGUGAUACACAACCACAACCCAGCGUGAUGUUGUUCAUGAUGAACCUAGGCGACUCGCUUAGUCGCUCAAAAGAAAAGUGGAAAAAACGUUUGGGCAUAGGAUCUGAGGAUAAAAGUAGCUCGCCUUCUAUGGCAGGUUCUUAUCCAGGCCCAACACCUCCGUUUCAGCGUCUUCAGUCCACCACACUUGUGUCCGACCCAACCGAGGAUUUCUCGCACAAUAUUGACUCAGAUUCAGCUGCUCCUGUCAGCAUAUAUUUGGAAAAGCCCUCGGGCGCCUGGACUGCAACCAGGUCGCUUCUUACUAUCCUCGAAUCAAGUACUAAUGCGUUUGGUCCACUCAAUUCGGCAAUCAGCGGACUGAAGGGCUGUAUCGAUAUAUAUGAGACGGCCUUGAUACCCGAGCAGGUCGCGUGCAAGGAGCGCAAGGAUUAUGAAGAACUAGGCGCAGGGUUGAAGGAGGUACUGCAAGAUCUAGCUGAUCAUAUGGAGCAACCGACAGGACUUGUCAUGACAAACAGUGUGAGGAGGAUUUAUAACGAUAUUGUGGAAGAGGCGAAGAGGGUGACUGAUAAGCAGGCGAGGACGACAGGAAGGCGGCUGAUAGAUGCUUUGGAAGGAUCAGUUGGAAUAGUGGAAUGUUACCGCCGGAUCGACGGUCAUCUUCGGAAAAUAACACUCAACGCGAGCAUGAGUACCCUGGAGGCGGUCAAGGAACAAACAUUGGAAUUGCGCCUGAAUAGGAUGUCACCUCACACGUCCGCGACAUACGACUCUGCCGAAUCCUUGGACGUCCAAAGAGGAGGCUGCACCUCGGGAACCCGGAAGACACAAAUCAGGGAGUUGAUUGAAUGGGCAAAUAUACCUGACUCUGGAAGGAUAUGCUGGAUGAACGGAAUGGCUGGAACAGGCAAGACGACAAUCGCAUAUACCGUGUGCAAGGAGCUCGAAGAUACCAACCGUCUGGGGGCCAGUUUCUUUUGCUCAAGGGCGAUCUCAGAAUGUCGUCAGGUCAAGCACAUCAUCCCCUCUAUCGCUUAUCAGCUUGCUGCCUUCUCGCGUCCCUUCCGAUGCGCGUUAGCCAAGGUUAUGGAAGUGGAUCGCGAUGCGCAUACUCGAGCGCUGAACGUGCAGUAUCAGAAGCUUAUUGUCGACCCCUUGAAUGAAGUGAAAAUGUCCCUGCCGACGGACUUCAUUGUAGUCAUUGAUGCCCUGGAUGAAUGCGAGAGUCUGACAGCCGUCGAGCAGAUAUUGGAACUACUCCUGUCCACCGCUCAUAUGCUCCCCAUACGAUUCCUUAUAUCCAGCCGCCCGGAGCGAGAAAUUACUGGAAGGAUGGCAGGAAGGCCCAACGAGCAGGACCAGGCACGGCUUGUCUUGCACAACCUAGACUCGAGCACUGUGAAGGCCGAUAUCGAACUAUACAUGCGUGAGGAGCUAAAAGGCAUUCCAUUGACGGACUCGCAGUGGACAGGUAUCAUCGACCGUUGUGGAGUGUUAUUCAUCUAUGCAUCUACUACUUGCCGCUACAUCAAAAACGCAUACAAAAUGAAAAGCCUCAACAGAGCCGUGGGUGUGGUAAUAAAUUCGGACUCUACUCCAAUGGAAAAAGGAAACGAACACAUGAUUGACAAAUUAUAUAGAACUAUCCUCGACAUAGCCUUCGGCGGAUCUGAGAUAAACCAGGAGGAUAAGCAAAAGAUGAAAGAAGCCCUUGAAACAGCCGUAUGUGCGAUAGAACCAAUGUCACUGGGGGUUAUGGCGAACCUACUGGGGUUGGAUAGUACUGAGGAUGUGGAUGCGCUCCUAGGUCCCCUUCGAUCAGUGUUGAACGUGACGGAAAAGACAAGACUCGUGACCACCCUACAUGCAUCAUUUCCCGAUUUCAUGCUCUCCCUAGGUCGAUCAGGUCGAUAUCACUGUCAGGCAAACUCCCGCAAUGCGACAAUUGCGGAAUCCUGUUUAAAGCUCAUAGAUGCUGCCAAGCCAAGGCACAAUAUAUGCGCACUGGCUUCUUCCUUCUUACUAGACGAGCAGGUCAAGGACCUCGAUCAGCGAGUCACCCAGUCAAUCUCACCCGGCCUUGCAUAUGCGUGUCGCUACUGGACUACCCACCUCAGUCUCGGCGAACACACGAGUAGCCUUACUGGGCUUGUCGGUGGCUUUUUCCGAUCCAGGCUGCUGCUGUGGAUGGAAGUCAUGAAUCUCACGAAGAACAUGCGUUAUGCGACAUACAUCAUACAGAGCGCCGAGAGAUGGUGUACCGAGCGAAACGUAAUCAAACAUCUCACAGAGCUAGCUCACGACGCGUCCCAGUUCGUAUCGGUUUUUUCGAACCAUCCUUUAUCCCAAAGCACUCCGCACAUCUACAUCUCCAUGCUUCCGUUCUGGCCGAGAUCUCGGCCACUCUCAGCCGUAUACAUGCCAAGAACAUCUGGACUUGUGCAGCCGAUAGGAACAGCGAUCGAUCGACGACAACUCGCACUGAUAGCCACUUGGAAGGUCUCGACCACAAACUUAGGAUCGAUUAGCCUGUCUGGGGACGGAAGACGACUUGUGGCACCUACCGCAGACAGCAUCGACGUGUAUGAUACAACGACAGGCGAGAGUGUGCUCAGUCUCGUCGAAGAGCGCACAAAAAAUGUUCACCACGUUGCGAUAUCUCUCGACGGGUCCAAGGUAGCCUUUUCUAGCUUGGGUGGUACCCCAUAUGUGUGGGACACCGCCAAAGGAGGCGUGAUCACACAACUGCUUGCUGAUGGCGUGUCCGGUGGUCGGUCGCUUGCAUUCUCGCCUGACGGGUCCCACGUCGCCUGUGGUCUGACAAGCGGAGAUGUGUACAUCUGCGCAUUGGGACAAGUUAUCAGCAGUCAUAGUCCGCUCAAGAGCCAUACUGGUUGGGUCAACUCAGUCACGUUUUCCUCCGAUGGCUUGCACCUUGUAUCCGGAUCGGACGAUAAGACUGUGCAAGUGUGGGAUGUUCAGACAGGCCAGCCGGUUGGCAUGACAUUCGAGGGUCAUGCUGCUGAGGUCUGGUCAGUAUGCUUCGGUGCCACUGACUCGCACAUUGCCUCGGGCUCACUCGAUAAAACGAUCCGAGUGUGGGAUCCGCAAACUGGGGAGACGGUACUAGGACCACUCACAGGACAUUCCAACGCUGUAUGCUGCGUUGCCUUUUCGCCCAACGGCGCUUUCAUUGCCUCUGGAUCAACUGACAAAACAAUCCGAGUAUAUGAAACACGUACCGGCCAGACGGUGCUUGGGCCGCUCGAGGGACACGCUGGCUACAUCUACUCGGUCAUCUUCUCUCCCGACAGCACUCGUCUGUUCUCUUGCUCAGCAGACGGCACGGUACGCAUAUGGAAUGUGCAAGAUAUCGAUACCCCCAAUCCUCUUCCGAUUGCCUCAUCUCUUUCCUCGCAUAUCUACUCCAUCCGAUACUCGCGUAGCGGCACACGGGUUGUCUCUGGCUCAGAAGAUGGAUCGGUACAUGUGUGGCAUACAGCGACGGGUCAGCUGGUGCUCGGACCGCUGCGCGGCCAUGAGGGUGACGUUAGGUCUGUGGACUACUCAGCCGAUGAUCGGUAUAUUGCGUCUGGUUCAUAUGACAGCACACUGCGAAUAUGGGAUGGACUGACAGGAAAAGAUAUGCACGGACCGAUGAAGGGGCAUGGCGAUUGGGUGAACUGUGUACGAUUCUCACCUGACAGCACGGUCGUUGUCUCAGGAUCGUCUGACCGCACUGUCCGAAUAUGGGAUGUGAAUACUGGCCAACAAGUGACUCAACUUUUCGAAGGAGAUCUCUCAAUCCGGUCGGUUGGUAUCUCUCCGGACGGCCAUCGGAUUGUCUGCGACUCAGAUGAUGGCAAGAUAGUUGUGCUAGAUCGACAUAGCGGCACCACGGUCGUUGGCCCAAUCGAUGCCCACAAGGACUAUGUUCGUUCGGUGGAGUUCUCUCUAGAUGCAAUGCGCCUCGUUUCAGGCUCGAAUGACAAAUCGGUGGGAAUAUGGGAUGCAGAGACGGGGAAGCAGCUUGUUGUGUGCGGCGAGAGUGGUGAUGCCCACGGUGACUACGUCCUUUCUGUGUCGUUCUCACCCAACGGUCUGUAUGUUGCAUCUGGGUCUAGAGACCGUACUGUGCGCGUGUGGGACUCACAGAACGGCAAGCCUGUACACGGUCCUCUAAUGGGACAUACUGGUGACGUGCAAUCCAUCCAGUUCUCUCCUGAUGGCUCACACCUGGCCUCGUGCUCGUGGGAUCGCACCAUUCGAUUCUGGGACAUUUCUUCUUACGCCAAUCGAGCGCAAGGGAACAGCAUGAUAAGCAUAGACCAAAACAACAAUAUUCUCUCUGCUUCUGACGUUACCCUGCCUGACUCCUGGUUGCUGGAUGACAAUGGCUGGAUUGUGGACUCACACGGUCAACGACUAGUAUGGGUACCGCCUGACCUUCGAACGUACCUGCAACUUCUACCAAACUCCUCAAUGAUUGCCGAUCAAGGAUGCUUCCGGCUAGAUAUGGAUGGGUGGAAUAUAGGUGAUAACUGGUCCAAGUGCUAUCAACCGUAG